AUGGCUCCCCCAACACCCGCCCCCAUCGCCUUCACCCCCCUCGCCGAAGCCCCCCGCGACAUCCCCACCAUCGCCGCCCAAGAACGCGCCUCCAUCUUCCCCCACUGGUCCCCCUCCCUCGCCUACACCAUCGGCACCACCCUACGCACACGCCUCUUAUCCCACCCCUCGCCCGCCGUAAUCCACGUCUCGACGCCUACCUCCCCGCCCCACGUGCUCUUCCACGCGACCACGCACCCCGGCACAACCCCCGACAACGACGUGUGGGUGGCGCGCAAGCGCGCCGCGGUGGUGCGGUGGGGGGUGAGUACGUGGCAGCUGCAGCAGCGGUUUGGCGGGGAUGAGGAGAAGUUUAGGCAGAAACUUGGGUUGGGGGAGGGCGCGGGGCAGUAUGCGAUUCAUGGGGGCGGGGUGCCGGUGUACGUGAAGGGGGUGGAGGGGUGCGUGGCGGUGGUGGUGGUUAGUGGGUUGAAGCAGUGGGAUGAUCAUCAGGUUGUUGUGGAGGGGUUGGCGGAGGUUUUGGCUGGGUUGGAGGAGGAGUGA